AUGUCCAUUUCCCACACCACCGUGACUGUCCUCAAACCGCGAGCGCGCCCUGGGCUGCUGCGAGACACGUUCCUCAGGCACAGCCCGCGGCGGCCUGAGCCCGGCUCUGCAUCCCGCCGCAGCCAGGCCCCUCUCCGAGAAGGAGUCCGGGGAGCGAGGGGCUCCAGCCCCAACCCGGCGACUCAGCGGGAGGGCUCCCGGCCCCUGGCACUUCGCUUCUACUCUCUGCGCGGGCAGUGCUACGGUGACAGCGGCGAUCCCGAAACGGGCGUCACGGCCAUGCUGGAGCUGGGAUCCCCUCUGGAGAUGAUUCAGCUGCUGCAGACCCCCUGGGAGGAGAGAUUUAAAAUUUGCCUGAGUCUUGUGAAACUGCUGUUUUACUUGGCACAUUCCCCUCUGGGUUCAAUAGUCCUCUUGGAUUUCCAGCCGAGGCAGUUUGUUAUGGUGGAUGGAAACCUAAAAGUGACAGACAUGGAUGAUGCCAGCACUGAGGAACUGUCAUGCAAGGAAGAUAAUGACUGCACACUCGACUUCCCCACAAAAAGCUUUCCUCUCAAAUGCUCCGCAGUUGGGAAAUGUGAAGGGAUAAAUGAAAAAAAGAAUCUUUUUAAUGCUUAUCGGUAUUUUUUCACGUAUCUUUUGCCACACUCCGCACCGUCAGCUUUGCGGCCCUUUUUGAGCGAUAUUCUGAAUGCAACAGGUGAUUUACGAUACGGAAUAAAUGAAACCCUGAAAGCUUUUGAAAAGGUUUUACAUCUGUACAAGUCUGGACUCUAUCUGCAGAAAAGACCUCUUCAUUUAAAAGACUACAUCUCCCUAAAGGGCUUCCGAGCGGUGGAAGGAGAAGACUACAAGUGCUGGCCCUCCUACAGCCACCUGGGAUGCCUGCUCUCCGUCCACAGCGCCGAGGAAGCCGCCGCGAUUUGCAGCUCCCAAUCACAGUGUCAAAGUUUUAUCCUCACCCAGCGGAGGACGUGGACAGGACGCCCACUCGCCUCAUUUCAGAGUAGCCUGGCUGAUUUAAUACCGGAUGCUAAUGCUGUAGUCUAUAUUAAACGAUCGGCUUCCUCAGGGGAAAGACUUUAA